AUGCUAUCAACAAACACAGAGGUGUCUUCAGCAAAUUUGACCAACACACUGCCAAGUUAUGAUGCAGCCGCUCCUGUGAAUUGCACUGAUGACAUCCAUAAAUUCAUAAAAUCCUACCUGCCACCCUUUUAUGGUUUGAUCUUUUUCAUUGGCUUCCUGGGCAACAUUAUGGCACUGUGGGUGUAUACUUUCAAGAUGAGGCCCUGGAAAAGCAGCACCAUCAUCAUGUUCAACUUGGCCUGCACGGACCUACUGUACUUAAUUAGCCUUCCUUUCCUGAUUCACUACUAUGCCAAUGGAGAACACUGGGUCUUCGGAGAUUUCCUGUGCAAGUUCAUCCGCUUCACCUUCCAGUUCAAUCUGUACAGCAGCAUCCUCUUUCUAACCUGCUUCAGCAUCUUCCGAUACUUUGCAAUUGUACACCCAAUACGUUGCCUCCUUGUUCGAAAAAAGGGAUGGGUUACUCUGGCAUGUUGUGCAUCUUGGUUAAUUUCACUGUUGGCCGUGAGUCCUUUCAGCUACUUUAUUACCUCAAAAAACCAUGAGAACCAAUCUUUGUGUCUUGAACUCUCUCGUUCUGACGAUGUGGAUGUUAUCAGGUGGUAUGUCUGGCUUCUAAGUGGCUUAGCCUUCUUCUUGCCUUUAAUAACUGUAUCUCUCUGCUACAUUGCCAUAAUCUAUACCUUGGCAACAGGGCUCCAAACUCAAAACCGUUAUAAACGAAAGGCUCGCAAUCUUGCCUUUCUACUUCUGGUAGUCUUUUACGUGUGCUUCCUACCAUUCCAUGUCUUUAGAAUAAUUCAGAUUGAAUUAAGGAUACACCCAGUGAGGUGUGAUGUUGAGACCCAUGUUCAUGCUAUCUAUGUUGUCUCCAAACCGAUGGCUGCCAUGAAUACAUGCUGCAAUUUGUUGAUUUAUGCCGUAAUCAGUGAUAAUUUCCAACAAGCCAUUCAGUGUCUCCUACGAUGGAAGUCAAGCAACAUAAUACAACCAAGAGCAAGUGGUACUGAUUUCAAAAAGACUGAAAUAUUCAAGUUAUGA